UCUGGUUUCUCUCAGCCUCCCGCCCGGUCUGGCCGAAGGGGCCUGUGCCCAUCCAUCCUGCGCCGUGUCAGCGCGUUAGUCAGCCUUCGCGCCGGGUGAGCCACCGCGCCGCAGAGUCCCUAUAAACUCCCUGGCGUGGCCCAGCCCGCAGAGUGUGGCUGUGAGGCCCAGAGUCAGAGCCCGGGCCAGAGCCUUGGCACUGUGGGCGCCAGCCAAGGGGAAGGGCAGACACGAGGGGCCGCAGAAGCAGAGGGCCCACCGUGGCCUCCCAGGGAUGCCCUCUGAGCCCGCCUGAUCGAGGCCGGCCAGCCGAUGAGCCUGGGCCCCCGGGGAGCCGACACCUGGUAACACAGGCGCCAGAUCGGGGCCAUGUCUGGCAAACGAAGUCGAGCUCGCAAACCCCGGGCCAGGAGGGCAGGCAGGGCACAGAAGGCCACGGGGCAGCAGGGCCCUGAGGCCAAGCCCCCGCCCCCCGCCCCAAGGGGCCCUCGGGACGAGGCGGGGGUGGCCCCUGCGGGGCACGUGACCAGCAGCAAGCUGGCUCCCCAAGGACAGCCCAGGGUGGCCAGACCAGAGGUAGCUGAGAGGCCGGAGCAGGCCACUGCUCGGGGGUCCGAGCUGGUGCUCGUCCCCGCCGCGGGCAUGGAAGGCUGCGGGGUGGGCGGCCUCACACCGGGCCUGGGCCCUGAACUGCUGAGGCUCCACGAGGGCCAGCUGUGCCUGGCCCAGGAGCAGCUGCUGCUGGACGGCCGGCGGCAGCAGGUGCAGCUGCAGAUGCAGCUGUGGCAGGAGGAGCAGCUGUGGCUGCAGCAGCUCCAGGAGGAGCAGGCCUGGGUGCGAAUGGAGGGGCUGGAGCUGGCCACGGCCCUGGAGCAACUCCGGAGUGAGGGCCUUGAGGCGCUGCGGACCCAAGACUGGGCCCCUGGCCCCAACAUGGCCCGUCGCUCCCAGAGCUCCUCGCAGGGGGAUAACCCACUGGCACCCGGGUACCUGCCGCCUCACUACAAAGAGUAUUACCGCCUGGCAGUGGACGCACUGGCCGAGGGCGGCCCAGAGGCCUACAGCCGCUUCCUAGCGGCCGAGGGAGCACCUGCCUUCCUGUGCCCUGAGGAGCUGGAGCACGUGAGCCACCACCUGCGGCCCCCGCAGCAUGUGGCCCUCGAGCCCCCCGAAGGCAGCCCUCCUGACGUGGACUUCGAUGGCUCCUCCGGCACCUACUGGCCUGUGGACUCAGACCAGGCAGUGCCAGAACUCGACCUGGGCUGGCCCCUAACCUUCGGCUUCCAGGGCACUGAGGUCACCACACUGGUGCAGCCGCCGCCGCCCGACAACCCCAGCAUCAAGGAUGAGGCUCGGAGGAUGAUCCGCUCUGCCCAGCAGGUGGUGGCCGUGGUGAUGGACAUGUUCACCGAUGUGGACCUUCUCGGUGAAGUGCUGGAGGCCGCUGCGCGCCGCGUCCCUGUCUACAUCCUCCUAGAUGAGAUGAACGCACAGCACUUCCUGGACAUGGCCGACAAGUGCCGUGUCAACCUGCACCACGUGGAUUUCCUGCGCGUGCGCACUGUGGCGGGCCCCACCUACUACUGCCGCACGGGGAAGUCCUUCCAGGGAAACGUGAAGGAGAAGUUCCUCCUAGUGGACUGCGCCGUGGUGAUGAGUGGGAGCUACAGCUUUAUGUGGUCCUUCGAGAAGAUCCACCGCAGCCUGGCGCACGUGUUCCAGGGCGAGCUUGUCUCCAGCUUCGAUGAGGAGUUCCGCAUCCUCUUCGCACAGUCCGAGCCGCUGGUGCCCUCGGCCGGGGCGCUGGCCCGCAUGGACGCCUUGGCCCUGGCCCCGUACGCGGGGGCGGGGCCCCUCAUGGGCGGCCAGAUGGUCGGGGCGCCCACCCCCUUCUCUUUCCCCAAACGGGCCCACCUCCUGUUCCCACCGCCUCGGGAAGAGGGUUUGGGCUUCCCCUCCUUCCUCGACCCCGACCGCCACUUCCUGUCGGCCUUCCGCCGAGAGGAGUCCCCGCGGGUGCCCGGGGGCGCCCUGGAGCCGCUCGCGGCGCUGCGGUCCCUGUCGCGGCGGCCGGACGGCGAGGCCGGGGCAGGCGGGGAGCUGGCGGGCCCGCGGGGCUUCUUUCAGGCGCGGCACCUGGAGCUGGACGCCUUCAAGAGGCACAGCUACGCGGCCGCCGACGGCGCGGGGGCCGUGGAGAACUUCGCGGCCGCGCGGCAGGUGUCUCGGCAGACGUUCCUCGCCCACGGGGACGACUUGCGCUUCCAGACCAGCCACUUCCACCGCGACCAGCUCUACCAGCAGCAUUACCAGUGGGACCCGCAGCUCGCGCCGGCGCGCGCGCAGGGCCUGUUCGAGAAGCUGCGUGCCGGCCGCCCUGGCUUCGCCGACCACGAGGACCUCGCGCUGGGCGCCGGGCCACGCUUUCCGGAGCUCGGCCCAGACGGACACCAGCGGCUGGACUACGUGCCAUCCGGCGCCUCCCGGGAGGUGCGCCAUGGCUCGGACCCUGCCUUCGGGCCCGGGCCCCGCGCUCUGGAAACCGGCGGGGCCCUGCGCCCCAACCCGGGCCAGCGCUUCCCUUGCCAAGCGGUGACGAGGCUAGGCCCAGAGACGGUGCCCGCGCCGGAGGCGGAGCGCAGGGGCGGGCCCGAGGGGCGGGCUGGACUGCGGCACUGGCGCCUGGCCUCCUACCUGAGCGGCUGUCACGGUGAGGACGCUGGCGACGACGGUCUGCCCGCACCCAUGGAGGCCGAGGCCUGCGAGGACGACGUGCUGGUUUCAGGGGCCCAGGGGGCCGCCGGGGACCUGCUUCCCUCGGCCUUCCGUGUGCCCGCGUCCUUCCCGGCCAGGGGCGCAGCCCCGGGCUGCGGCAGCGGUGGUGGAGACGGCCCCGAGCGCGAGGGCCUGGAGGAGGCAAGCCUGGCCAAGCAGGACUCGUUCCGCUUGCGCCUGAACCCGCUGGUCCAGCGCAGCUCGCGGCUGCGCUCUUCGCUCAUCUUCAGCUCAUCGCAGGCGGAGGGCACGGGUGGGGCCGCGGCCGCCACCGAGAAGGUGCAGCUGCUGCACAAGGAGCAGGCGGUCAGUGAGAUGCUGGGGUCCGGUGGCGAGGCUGUGCGCUCUGCUGCCUCCACCAAGGUGGCCGAGCUCCUGGAGAAGUACAAGGGCCCGUCUCGAGACUCUGGUGGCGCGGGGGCAGCAGUCACGGUGGCCAGCCAGAGCAAGGCUGUCGUGUCCCAGGCGUGGCGGGAGGAGGUGUCGGUACCCAGCGGCAGCGGGAGUGAUCGCCACAGCCUGGAAAGCUGCUUGCUGGACCUGCGCGACUCCUUCGCACAGCAGCUGCACCAGGAGGCUGAGCGGCAGCCGGGAGCCGCCACUCUCACCGCCGCCCAGCUGCUGGACACACUGGGCCGGAGCAGCAGCGGCACUGACCGGCUGCCCCCCCGCUUCCUCUCCACCCAGGGCCACUCCGCUUCCCUGCAAGGGCGGGACAGCCCGCCACCAGAGGGGCCUGGGGUACACCAGGCACCCCAUUCUGAGCCGAAAGGGAGCCCCACCUCAGCUUACCCCAAGAGGAAGGGGAGUCCCACUCCAGGGUUUCCCACCCACAGAGGCAGCCCCACCACAGCAUUUACUGAGCAGAAAGGGAGCCCGGCUUCUGCCUACCCUGAGCGCAGGAGCAGCCCGGUGCCUCCUGUUCCUGAGCGCAGGGGCAGCCCGGUGCCCCCUGUGCCAGAGCGCAGGGGUAGCCUCACCCUUCCCUUCUCUGGGGAGUCUCCAAAGACCGGGCCUACAGAGGAGGCGGCUGGUGGCCCCAUGGAGGUCCUGCGCAAGGGUUCUGUGAGGCUGCGGCAGCUGCUGAGCCCCAAGGGUGAGCGGCGUGCAGAGGAUGAGGGCAGCUUCCCGGUGCCACAGGAGAACGGGCAGCCCGAGAGCCCCCGGCGACCAUCGCUAGGCCGGGUGGACAGCACGGAGGCUGCCACAGGAGAUGAGCGGGGCCCGCGGGCACGCGUGACCUCGGCUACGGCCAAUGCCUUGUACAGCAGCAACCUGCGGGAUGACACGAAAGCCAUUCUGGAGCAGAUCAGCGCCCACGGCCAGAAGCAUCGCGGGGUCCCUGCUCCGGCCCCUCCCCCGACCCACAGCACCCCUGAGCUGAGCCACCCACCAGCUGCCGGCGGCCUGGCCCCCGACAUGUCCGAGAAGGACAAAUGUUCGGCCAUCUUCCGCUCGGACAGCCUGGGGACCCAAGGCCGGCUGAACCGCACGCUGCCCGCUAGCGCCGAGGAGCGCGACCGGCUGCUGCGCCGCAUGGAGAGCAUGCGCAAAGAGAAGCGCGUCUACAGCCGCUUUGAGGUCUUCUGCAAAAAGGAGGAGCCCGGGGGCCUGGGGGCCGGGGAGGGCCUGGCAGAGGAGGACAGCAGGGACAGCAAGGUGGGCAAGUUCAUGCCCAAGUUCCUGGGUUCGUUCAAAAGCAAGAAGUGAGUCUCCUGGCCCAGCAGCCCAGGUCGGGUGCCCACAUCACUGUCAGGCAGAACACCUGGUCCUCAGCCAAAGCCCUUGGAACCUGGUCGGCUCCACUCGAGGCUCACCUGGAGGUCCUCCCCACCGCUUGCCUCCUGGCCCUUCCUCCCGUAGGGCUCCUGGCCCCCAGUCGCCCCGCCUUACUUUUCCAGUUCCUGCUCUUCUCACACCUCAGUCCCUGGACCCUCAGCCUCCCCCUUCUUCCGCAUCUGUCUCCACCAUUUCUUUGGGCUUCAGGUCCCCUCUGGGUCACCUCAGGGACCCAUCUCUCCGUGCCUCAGUCCCCCAUCUUUCAGGGUGCCUGCCUCUGUGCCUCAGUCCCCCAUCUUUCGGGGGGCUCACCUCUGUGCCUCAGUCCCCCAUUCUCUGGGGUCCUUGUGUCUCAGGGCUUCUGUGUCUCAGGGGUCCCCUCUGCUCAUGGCCUCCUGGCUGUGCUGCGGCCGCUCUGCUGUGCCUGGCAGCCCCAUCCUCUCUCGAGGCCUCCCACCUUCUCAGGGCCUGUUCUCCCCACCUGCAUCUCAGGUCACUGGGGUUCACUUCCUGCCCUGCCCCUUUCCUCACUGCCUGCCUCCCUCCUGGCACCUUUCCUUCAGUGUGGGGAGGGGGGACCCUGAGGGGCUGCCCCUGAGAGACCUGGAACAGGGGUGGCUGCUCCUCCGCAGGGCCCGGGCCAGCACCGUCGAGGCGUGAGGGCACAGGUUCUGCGGCAGUCGUCAGGGGAGGACGCGAGGCUCCAGCCUCAGAGGGUCCCUGACAGACGCGUGUUCGCAGGCGCCACCCACAGCCGCUCGGCAGGAAGGGCUGAAUGUGGAGCUCUUGUUCCGUGAGGGCAGAGCACCCAGCCCACUGCUCCACCCAUGAGGUGGGAGUGGUCCUUGCCCUGCAGGUGCCUGGCAGACCCCAACCCUGCAUCCUUUCCACCUUUGCCACCAACCCCCAAAAAGUCUGUCCAAGGUUCCCCGCUUAGCUUUUUUGUAUCUUUUUUUUUUUUAUCUCCAGACAGUAACUCUGAUCUGGAAUGGCACGCUUUGGCACCAGAUGGUUAGAAAGCACUCCACUGUAGGUGCUAGGAUCCUUAAAUGAGUGUCUGUGCUAUUUCUUUUUAAAUAGUUUUUAAGUAUAAGAAGCCCCAGUUGCUCUGGCUGAGAAAGGAUUUAAGAAACACGACUUCUGAGUGCGGCAGUAGUUCUGACUGAGCAGCUGGAAAAGGGAAGGGGGUGGGGUUGGGAUACACCUGUUCCCUGGUGGCUCACAGUCUGGUUACCAAAACCACCACCCAGGCAGGGGUGACGUCAGAGACUUUGUUUCGAAUGGAAAAGACCACUGGGGAGUCAGACAAGCUGCAGCAUUUCUGGGCCUCGAUGUGCUUGUUGACACGUUCGGUUCUGCCUGGCCUUGUGCGCGGCUGUUCUGAGAUCUGGCCGGGCCUGUUGCUGAGGGAGGCCCUUGCGGGAUGUGGAGGUUCUGCCCAGGGAGAGGCCAGAGGCCCUCAGAGCCUCCCGUCUGCAUCCUCCACCUUGUGCUCAAGAGGACAUCUCCUCAAAUGUGAUUCCUCACAUUUUGGUGUUGGUAAUAAAACAAUGCACGAAAUAGUCC